UCCUCUAAAACCCUGGUCCUUUAUAACCUCAUACAGAACAGCCGACUGAGUUUAGGCGAAAUAGAAGAGAAUGCAGGAUUUAACAGAGAUGGUUUUCGACUCAAGUGCUGUUUAUUUCGCCAGUUUAUGCUCUAGUAAUCGCAGUCUCCCUUCAGAGGACUGACAACAUUUCAGUACUUUUUUUUUUUUUUUUUUUUUUUUUUUUUUUUACAAUCUUAUCAACACUGCCAUCUCUAUUGUCUAGAGUCUGGGGUCACGAGGCAUCACCUCCAGAUUUCUAUCUCAAAACCGAAGGCAUCAUCCGUGAAAGGCAGAAAUUGUUCAGCAUCACAAUUUUUGAUUUUGCUCAUUGCUCAGUGACAGAUUUGUACUCAUUUUGUAAUCGGAGGACCCCAAAGUAAAUGAAGAAAUAUUUAAUUCGGAGGGAAGCUUCAUGACAGAAAGGCACGCGGAUAGAGUUGCCGAAGGAGCUGACAAGUGCAUUACACGGACAUUGUAAAAUUAAAAACUAAGGAGAAAUUAUAUAAACUAAAAAAAAAAAAAAUAAAUUAAAAAAAAAAAAAUGAUGCUGAGUCCAGAACAAACUGAUUCAGAUCUACCGUGGAGCCAGUCCGACGCUGAGACAAUGUUGAACGAUAUCAAGGUUGGUUGCAUCACUAAUGAGCCCACAGAGGGAGAGGGCAAGACGAAGUCUCAGGCGCCACUAACCCUCAGCAGGGAAGAGAAGAGGAGGCGCAGACGAGCUACGGCCAAAUACCGAUCCGCCCAUGCCACCCGCGAGAGAAUCCGGGUUGAAGCCUUCAACGUUGCCUUUGCCGAACUGAGGAAGCUGCUGCCAACCCUUCCCCCCGACAAAAAGUUGUCAAAAAUAGAAAUCCUGAGACUAGCUAUUUGCUAUAUCUCAUAUUUAAAUCAUGUGUUGGAUGUUUAGCAGAGGGCCAUCUUUAUGAUGAUAAACCCAUUCCGAGGACAAAUGAGGACCAUUAAACAAACAAACAAAAAAACAAAAAAACAAAACAAAAAAUAAACAACAACAAAAAUAAAAACACGUAGCCUAUCCUAAUUUCGCAGUAUGUGGUUGGCUCUCUGCGCCACCUCCAUGCAUGUAGUUGGAAAAGACUGAAACCACAUAAGAUGGCUAUCACCCAAGUGUUCAUUUGACACAGACAGGUGUUAAUGAAUUUGAUGAGAAAUUAUAGUUUAUAGAAAACCAAAAAUGGUAAUUGCUCAAAGAGCCGUGAACCAUUUAAAAGACUGUGGUCCCUGCUUUAGGCUGUAGGCCUACUCAUGAUGCAAUAAGGACUUAAAAUCAUUUGAAUACUGUUAUGUGGACACAGAGUCAGAGAUAACCCGUUGCAUCUGUCUGGAGAAUAAGAGACUCUGUUUCCUCCUCUAGUAGUUUUCCAGUUAGGGGAAAAUUACAAGUGCCGCUUGAAAUAUGACAUCGUGACCUUAACCACGUGUAUUUAACUAUUUAUUUAUUUAUUAUUUAUUAUAUAAUUGUUGUGCUACGUUUUAAUAUGUUUCACCUCAUUUUUUAUUUAUUUGUUGAAAGAUUGUUGUUUAGAUAAAUGUACGUUGCUUGGAUGUAGCUAAAAGAAAAGUUACCAUGUGUGUUAGACUUCGUCAUUCAAUAAUGAUGAGGGGAAAUUUAAGCAUCAUCUUGCACCUUUUAGUGUUUCUUUAUUUGAUAUAUAUAUAUAUAUAUAUAGUAUAUUGAGAUUAAAUUAUUUGAAUAAUCUGCUGUUUUUCCCCAUGUUUUUUUUUUAAUACAUUAGAACAACGAAUUCAUUACAACAAAAUCAUUUUGAAAUGUUCUAUUUAUUUAAUAGUCUACUGUAAUUUCAUAUGGUUUGGAUGAUUUAUGAGAUUUAUGUUGUACAACACAAAAUGACAUGAAAAGUCUUGCGUCUUCUGUUUCUCAGUGUUCACGUGUCGCUGUCUGGGAUGUUUAUAUUCAGAACCCUAUUGAAACAGAUGAUACAAUAAGUUGUUUUAUAAUUAAGAAAAUAUCUGCUAUCCAAAGAAUUCUUCUUUUCAGGGUCGUGUCCUUUUUGCUUUAUGUGACAGCUGGUUUUUAUCAAAGCUGCCCUAUUUUACUGUUGAGUCUUGUUUCUUUUUUAAAUAAAGUAACAAUGAAAAAAACAAACAAA